AGCCGCUCAAAGAAAUGCUUCCGUGCAGCGAUGUUCCACCACUGGUACCUUCCUCAGCCGGAAAAGCGACUUACCCAAUUCAGUCAGGCCCCCAGCGGCUUUCGGAACGUCAUGCGGAGAAAUAUCACGUGGUAGUACAUAGCUCGGAGUGAUAUUAGCCUUCUGCAGACCCUUCAACCCAUUUAAUUGCCCAUCUGCUACCGUUAGCGAGUUCGGGUUCGGUCGUCGCCAUGCUUCCGGUGCUUUACUUCCUGCUUGCCCUCGUCCACGCAACAUGCUCCUCUCCCACUUCCUUCGACUACGUAAUCGUCGGCGGUGGGCCAGCCGGCCUCGUCCUCGCUAACAGACUAUCCGAGGAUCCGAGCAUCACCGUUGCAGUCGUCGAAGCGGGAGAUACGCAGUACAAUAAUCCCAAUGUAACAACUGUGCCGGACUCCGUGCUAGGCUUCGGUCUCGGUCUCAACACGUCAAUAGACUGGAGCUAUGUAAGCGCACCGCAGAAGUACACGCUUAACAGGAUGCAUAUGUACUACUCGGGAAAAGGAUUAGGCGGCACGACGUUGAUUAAUGGGAUGACGUAUCUAAGGGCGGAGAAGACGCAGAUUGAUGCGUGGGAAGAGAUGGGCAAUGAGGGAUGGAAUUGGGAUAGCUUGUUCGAGUAUUACCGCGGGCAGGAGCAUUUCCAACCCCCGGAUGCAGGAGAGGUGGCGAAUGGGGCAAGUUUUGAAGAGCAGGACCAUGGGUUUGAGGGCGAGCUCGCGGUGGGCUGGAGUGAGUACUUAAUAGGCCAGGAUAUGUUUAGCAUUCUCAAAGAAACGAACGAGGCGAUAGGGAUACCGUGGAACAAGGAUGCGAAUGGCGGAAGAAUGAGAGGUUUCACGACAUGGCCGUUCACCUUGAAUGCAUCGACGACGACACGAGAGGAUGCGGCCAGGGCAUUCUACUAUUCCGUCGCAAAGCAGCGGCCGAAUCUACAUGUCUUCGUCAACGCUACCGCCACGAGAAUCCUCUGGGAUGAGCAUACACAUACAGGGGAAAAACUCACCGCUAAAGCCAUCGAAGUCCUAACACCCACAAACAGUACCACCGCCACCCUCCACACAACGCGUGAACUCAUUCUCGCUGCCGGCUCCCUUCGCUCCCCCGCUCUCCUCGAACACUCCGGCAUCGGAAACCCCGCCAUCCUGGAACCACUAGACAUCAAACCCAUGCUCAACCUCCCCUCCGUAGGCGCGAACAUGCAAGACCAACCUACCACGCUGAUAUCUUACGCCUCGCCCACAAACUGGACCGGCUAUCCAAGCUUCGUAUCGUACCUCACAGCGUCCGACCUCUUCGGGCCCGAACUUCCCUCCAUCACUGCAGAAAUCCGGGCCAAUAUCUCCGCGUACGCUGAGAAGAUUGUUGCCGAUGCUCCAGUCGGUUCGACGAGCGUGGAGACGGAAGAGGGCCUUUUGAAGCUUCAAACCAAUCUCGUGUUUGCAGAGAAUAGCACGGUACCGUUGGCCGAGUUAUUGUGGUUCCCUGCCCCUGGCUCCAUCAAUGUAAACUACUGGACUCUCCUCCCCUUCUCCCGCGGCUCCGUCCACAUCACUUCUCCCAAUCCCACUGUCCAACCCACCAUCAACCCAAACUUCUUCCAGCUCCCCAUCGACAUGUACAUCCAAGCCGCCGCCGCCAAGAAAGUCCGCCAAUUCUUCUCCACCACACCGCUAUCCACGCACAUCACCACCGAAGCCGUGCCUGGGUUCGCGACAGUGCCGGAAAGCGCUGGAUGGAGGGAUAGGGAGUGGGAGGCGUGGAUUAAGACAGCGUACGGGGCGAAUUAUCAUCCUGUGAGUAGUACGGCGAUGAGGGGGAGGAGUUGGGGUGGCGUUGUGGAUAAGGAGGGGAGGGUGUUUGGAGUGGGGAAUGUGAGGGUUGUGGAUGCGGGGGUGCUGCCGGCGCAGAUUUCCGGGCAUUUGAGUGCGAGUGUGUAUGCGGUUGCGGGGAAGAUUGUGGAGGGAAUGCUUGGAGCAGGGAAUGUGGUGAGGAGAUAGUGGGAGGAUGGCAUGCAUAGAGUGCUUUUCAGUCUUUGAUACUCUCAAUUCAAUACUAUAGUUAAGACUUCCACCUGCGGAAGGCUGGGGUAUUUUCCCCACAGCAUCGCAAAUUUCUGGCCUACAUUCUUAUGAAAAGUACGACAAAACAAAUUUAGUAUAAG